UCGGUCGGCGGCUCGGCCGAGCAGCUGGACGCGCUGGUGAAGAAGGACAAGGUGGUGGUCUUCCUCAAGGGCACGCCGGAGCAGCCCCAGUGCGGCUUCAGCAACGCGGUGGUACAGAUCCUGCGGCUGCACGGCGUCAGCGACUACGCGGCCUACAACGUGCUGGACGACCCCCAGCUCCGGCAAGGCAUUAAAGACUAUUCCAACUGGCCCACCAUCCCGCAGGUGUACCUCAACGGCGAGUUCGUGGGGGGCUGUGACAUUCUUCUGCAGAUGCACCAGAACGGGGACCUGGUAGAAGAACUGAAAAAGCUGGGGAUCCGCUCCGCCCUUCUAGACGAAACGAAAGACCAGGACUCAAAGUGAGGGCGGCCGGGUCCCCCGGAGCAGAGGCCGCGCCGUCGGGAGAGGAAGCCGCUGGGGUCGGACACUCACUGCCAGGGAAGCCUUACCGAUCUGGUUUUCACUAUUCAGACAGCUGCUUGCACGAUUCGUCCCGUGCGUAAGCAGUCGGGUGACUUCGGUAUGUCUGGUGUUCGGGCUAAGAAUCUUCUGUCGUGAACUUAGUUGUAACCACUGCACUGUCGUGAUUCAGUGUUGUAUUAUGAUAUUGCUGUAAACAAAAUUUGUUCUUACGUUGUCAUUUGCUCUUUGCCUGAUUCAAGAGUAAAACUAGGCGCUUCCGAAUCAGAGUUAUUACUCAUGAGUCCUCUGCCAACGUGUCGGUCUGCAAAUGUAUACCCCCCUCAAAUUUUUUGUAACUUGUUCUGUUAAGAAAAAUGAUGGACAAGGAAGAAAAUGUGAUAACCAGAGUGCUGUUUUUUUAAAAAAUAAACUGCCAGGGAUUCCA